CAUUGUCUGGGCUUAAUAAAUGGACAUAAGCAAGUCUAUCUAUAUCCAAGUAAUCUCGCAACCUCUCGCGACGAACGAGAUCCUUUUCACCGGCACCGCCAUUGCAAUCAGAAGGUAAGGAUUCAACGCUACCAUCAUGGGUGCUUACAAGUACAUUCAGGAGUUAUACAGGAAGAAGCAAACUGAUGUCAUGAGGUUUCUUCUCCGAGUGAGGUGCUGGCAAUACCGUCAGUUGUCUGCUAUCCAUAGGGCCACCCGUCCCACUCGACCAGACAAGGCCAGGAGGCUGGGAUACAGAGCUAAACAAGGUUACGUUAUCUACAGGGUCCGAGUUCGUCGUGGUGGACGCAAACGCCCCGUUGCCAAGGGAUGUACCUAUGGUAAACCAAAGACCCAUGGAGUAAAUCAGCUGAAGUUCCAACGGUCCCACAGGUCUAUUGCAGAGGAACGUGUUGGUCGCAAGUGUGGAGCACUACGAGUCCUUAACUCCUACUGGGUAGCCCAGGAUUCCAGCUACAAAUUUUUUGAAGUUAUCCUUGUAGAUACCUUCCAUAAGGCUAUCCGCAGAGACCCAAAAAUACAAUGGAUCUGCAAGGCUGUCCACAAACACAGGGAGCUUCGUGGUCUUACUUCUGCUGGAAAGAGCUCACGUGGCCUUGGAAAGGGUCAUGGAUUCCACAAAACUACAGGAGGUUCUCGCAGGGCAAACUGGAAGAAGGGCAAUUCUCUCAGUCUCCGCAGAAAGCGUUAAAAAUAAUGCUUUCAUAUUUUUUCUUUUUUUUUUUACAAUUGCUCAGUUAGAAAUAGUUGAGCAACUGCCCUGUGCAGAUCUAAAAAUACUUUAAUGGAAUAAACAGCAGAAGGAAA